UCAGUUCUAGGGUCAAAUGGUGGAGAGUCCCAGAUUUAAACCCUGGGAGUGUGUGUCUCCACCAUCCUCUUAAUGCAAAAGAAAGAAUAAUGAAUACACACAAACUCAAAAUGCUGGAUCACAAACCCGGCGCCGUGACACGGUGUGUCUUUUAUCCUGUCUCUCUCUGCUCUCUUCUUCUCCUCUCACCCCAAACCGGUCACAACAGAUGGCUGCCUCCCUGAGCAUGAUUUUGAUGGAGGUUUCUCUCUGUUAAAAGGGAGUUUUUCCUUCCCACUGUCGCCAAGUGCUUGCUCAUAAGAGAUUAUCUAAAUGUUGGGAUUUUACAUCACACUGCUCUUUGUGGUCAAGAUGACAGAAGAGAAGCUGAGGGAUGCUGAGGCCGCCGGCCUCCAUAAAGUCUUCAAGCUUCAGAGCUCCCUCACCUGCAACUCUAUGCCUCUCAUGUGGUUACCAGGGAAACUGGUGGACCAACUUAAAAGAGAUAUUUCCUGCCAUUUAGGAAAUGCUCAUCAAGAGUUUGCCUUUCUUGGAUAAACACCUUCUGUCUGGGGCUGGAUGGACACUGAUUAGGACGUAGCAGGAAUUUCCUGACAACUGUUGCCGCCCUUUCAAUCAUAAGUGCCAGCCAGCCUUAGGAACAUGGCACUUUGGAGAGAGCUAAGGGAAUAUGAACUCAAUCAACCUAAAGUGCAAAAACCCUGAACCCACUUCUUUGAUCACUUUUAUUGGGUUUAGUUUGACUGUGAGUCACAUAUGGGAGAUUAUAACAAGAAUUUUAGUUUAGUUUUUUUAAACAAAGGCAGAAUUUGCUGUGAGACAGACAGGUGAACGAGCCUCCAGACUUCCAAGAAGCCAGACCUGACAGUGCCGCAGUCAUGGGUGAGUGGGGCUUCAUCGGUGGAUUCUUCGAUACCCUCCAGAUACACUCCCCGAUGCUGGGUCGUUUCUGGCUCUUCCUCAUGCUGGUGUUUAGGAUAGUGAUCCUGGGAACUGUGGCCAGUGACAUGUUUGAGGACGAGCAGGCGGAAUUUAUCUGUAACACCCUCCAGCCAGGAUGUAAGCAGGUGUGCUAUGAUGAGGCUUUCCCCAUCUCCCAGUACAGAUUCUGGGUGUUUCAUAUAGUCCUCAUCGCUACACCUUCUCUGCUUUUCCUUGUUUACGCCACACACCAGCAUAACAAGAGUGCCAAUCCCCCCCCAUCGAGUAAAAGGUGGAGCAGCGAGAACAGAGAAGAAAAAGCUUUAAGGAGGCUUUACAUUAUCACUGUGAUCUUCCGCAUAGUGGCAGAACUUGGCUUCCUAAUUACCCAGUGGUAUCUCUACGGCUUUGAGGUGAAGGCCUAUUUUGAAUGUAGUCGUUCUCCCUGCCCCCUAACAGUGAAGUGCUAUACCUCCCGCCCUAAAGAGAAGACAAUCUUCCUCUUUUUCUACUUUAUUGUAGGGGUGAUAUCAGCAUUUUCCAGCAUUGUGGAGCUUCUCUACAUCUCUAGGAAGUGGUUUUGCUCAGAACAGGAGGACAAAAUCUACUACUGUGACUGCGAGAACCUCCACAACCUCAAGCAAGAGGAGACGCAGGAGAAAUCGGGAGGAAAGACGAUGUCAGAGAGCACGGCCAGCAGUGUGAAAGUGAAGAAGGGAUCAGUGAGAAGCAGCUCCGGUCGAAAGGUCUAUUGCAUCGAUCACAAGUGCAAGAGUCCAAGAGGAAAAUAUGUGAGGAGGAAGAUGCUUAAGGUGUGAGAUGACUCUGCAAUCACAGCAUCCUCCUUUUUCUAUUUUAAACUCACAACUGCAUUUCUAAUUCCAUUUCACUUGAAAGAACUGCACUGUUUAGGAGUUUUUAUGCACUUCACAAAAAAAAAAAAAAUGCAUGGGCAACUGACCCAUCAAAUUUCAGGAAAUGAGUAAAGACAACACAGAUGAUAAGAAGGACAAGAAGGAUGCCUGCGAGACAUUGUUGACUCGUUCGUUCUGGUGACAGUUUAAAGGCUGAAAACUUUCUGGAAUACACUUGAUAACAUUUGCUUAAGACUGAUUGCAUUUUGUGUUUGUGUUGUACCCACUUUAAAGGACAAAUCCGCCCUGAGGCAGCAGGUGAAGAUUAAUUUAUUUAAGCAGGUCUUGAUAGUGAAGUUAGGCUUUGUAAAUGGAGGCAUCUGUUUCUAUCCAGUCUGUAAUGUUGGAAUUAUUUCAAGGUAGGGUGACCAAAUUCCCAGCAAAGUAAAUGUGAAGACAAAGUGGGAUGCAUCAACUUUAAAAAUACAAAUACACCAAAUUCUGCACGUUAUCAGAUUGUAGCAUGUACAUGCAAACUCUGUUACUCGGAAUAUAUCACUGCUUCAUUUUAUUCGAGGUAGUUUCCAUCGUAUUCACCAAAAUCUGCAAAGCUUUUACUCGACUUGAAGCCACUUGUGAGUAUAUCAUUAGGCGCGUUAACCUUCUGACUAUCAGAAAAAGCCUUCCCUUCUGUUUUAAAUGCCAGACUUCAGUAAAGGGCACAUCCAGCAGUACUAGUCAAAAUGUGUGGCAUUGUCUCAAGAUGUGGGAGAGGGGUACAAGAAAUAAAAAUGCCGUACAGUCCCACAUAAAGAGGGACGUCUGGUCACCCUGUUUUUCAGGGUUUUUUCACUGUGUUUUUUGAGUUUCUUACAGAGAUUUAAGAGUUUCCAUAACUGUCAGGGGGCUGGGUCUGUGACCCAGCAUUUUCACUUUUGUUGUAUUUUUGAAUUCUUAUGUUAUAUUGAAAUAAUGUUAAGUUCUACUAUUAUUAUUAUUAUUAGUUUGUCUGAGAUGAAUUUCCAUGCCCCCUGGUUUAUAUAUCAUGUUUUCUGUCCAGUCUGUCAUGUGUUUCAUCUCUGUGUGUCCACUUUGUAAAGUUUGUGUGUCAUGUCUACGUUUUAUUAUGUUUCCUGUUUUAUUUUGAAAGUCUUGUGUUUCCAUGUUCAGCGUGUUUAGUUUUGCUUCCCCUGUGGCAUCAUGUUCAAUUGUGUCAGGUGUGUUUCCCCAGGUGUUUCCACUUCCCUCAUUAUCUUUCUGUGUAUCUUUCUGUAGGAUAAUGAUGGAAGCGGGAAACACC